GAAACUUCAGCACAGGGAGAUUGAGAAAGAUCUAUGGGCAAGUUCAAAAGAGUGUGUGUCUUCUGUGGAAGCAAUUCAGGGAAUAGACAGAUUUUCAGUGAUGCAGCUCUUGAUUUUGCUAGACAACUGGUUGAGAGGAAGAUGGAUUUGGUUUAUGGAGGGGGAAGUAUUGGACUGAUGGGUUUGGUUUCUCAAACAGUUUAUGAUGGGGGAUGUCAUGUUCUCGGAGUUAUCCCAACAGCUCUUCUUUCUGUAGAGAUAUCAGGCCAUGCAGUGGGAGAAGUAUUGAUUGUGUCAGAUAUGCAUGAGAGAAAGGCAGAGAUGGCUCGACGAGCUGAUGCUUUCAUUGCACUACCUGGAGGUUAUGGAACAAUGGAAGAGUUGCUUGAGAUGAUAACAUGGUCUCAGCUUGGCAUCCAUGACAAACCUGUGGGGCUGUUAAAUAUUGAUGGCUAUUAUGAUUUCUUGCUGGGGUUAUUCGACAAAGGUGUAGAAGAAGGAUUCAUCAACCCUUCUGCAAGGAGCAUCGUCAUAGCUGCAGAUAAUGCUAGAGAGCUGAUACAGAAGAUGGAGGAGUAUGUACCCGAGCAUGAGCAAGUGGCACCAAAACGAAGCUGGGAUAUAGAGGGCCAUGAUGACAAAAGUUGGUAGCAGUUUGCUUUAUGAGAUUGCUUCUUGAUCUUGUAAAGGAAAAGAAAUUUAUUUGCUGCAACCGUAAUACUUAACAUGAACAAUUCUGUUAAUUCCUGAAGCCUGAAGGCAAUUGGGUUUCCAAGCUGCUGCUCAAAGUCAAAUUUUGUAUCGGUCAUUGAAUAGCAGAGGAUCAGCAAUUGUUUUCCCCAGUCAAUUUAUGUGUUGAAAAUUAUUAAAAGAAAGAACAGGAU